GACAAAACUUCUGAAAGAAUGCAUUCUCAUGAUGUUGAUGAUAAAACAUGGACACCAAUGCAAACCAUAGAUCAAGCAAUUAUACAGAAUUUAUAUUCUGCUGUAGUUAUGGAAUCUUACAUUUAUGUGAUUUGUACAAAUGGAUCGUUUUAUAGACUUAAAUAUGCUGAAUCAAAUGCAAAGUGGGAACAAAUGACAAAUACAAAUCUUCAGUAUACAUGUGCAGUUGCACUUUAUGGUUUUGUUUAUGGUAUUGAGUAUCAGAGGCACUCAAACAUUAUGGAAAGAUAUGAUCCAUCCAAUAAUAGUUGGUCCAGACUAACAAACAAAUCAUUGAUGCUAUAUGGAGAAUCUUUGGUGGCUGCUGAUGGAAAGGUGUUUUGUAUUGCAGGAUAUAAUCAGCAAUAUCCAUAUAAAUCAACUAACAAAGUUGAGAUUUAUGAUCCUGUCACAUCAACUUGGUCAAUGGAUAAUAGAUCAUUGAAUGAAGCAAGAAGUCAAGCUUCUGUAACUGCAACAGGGGAAGGAAUAUAUGUCAUGGGAGGUAAAAAUGUUGAUGGAAAAUCUCUCACUACUGUUGAAUUUCGUUCAUCUGUAACUAAAACCUGGAUGAUGUUGAAACCAAUGAAAAAUGCAAGACUAUAUUUUAGUAGUUGUGUGAUUGAUGAAAAAGUUUAUGUCAUUGGGGGAAAUGGAAAUCCUGCAAAUAUAGAGGAAUAUGAUCCAGAAACAAAAGAAUGGAAAAUCACUGAAACAAUACACGGAAAAAAUAUUUUUCCAUUGGCAAGUUUUGCAAUAAAUAUGUAACAUCAAUUACUAUUUUAUUCGUACAAAUAUGGCUCUCAUAAUCUUAUUGAAUCUACCUAUCAAUUUUCCUGAUUUAAUUUGUUUGCAGAAUUGUGGAAACUUGUCAUUUGUCAAUCAUUUGUGUGUUGAUAUUUAGAUUGAAUAAUGUGUUUGACAAAAAGUUUUAUUUGAUGAUUUUUCUUCUAUACAUUUAGCUCAAGAAUGAAGUUACAGAAUGUUUGAAGAUAUAGCUUGAAUAAUUUCUCUUUACAGAUAGCCAAUAUCAAUAUUGAUAAUUCAUACCUAUUUUAUUUGGAAGUGACAAGUGAAAAUUAAUUUCAUAUUAGUAGUGUUGAUUUUGUAGUGAUUUUUUUAUAUCAUUCCAUUUAAUAUGGUCAACAAUUUAAUCUCUAAUUCCUGAAAAUGUAUCAUUUUUUAAUAUUUUAUUCAAUUUUGUGUUAUGUCAGAUUACAGGAGCUUUCCCCGUUAUAAUUUUUUAUGGGUUGUUAUUAGGGCCCGACCGAUACUGCCUUUUCAAAACCGAUACCGAUAGUUUUCUAAAACUUGGCCGAUAAACCGAUACCGAUGUUACCACACAAAAAAAGAUGACUACAAGUAACAAGCAACACUCUGAUAAUUCUGUGUUUUCCUUGCAAAAGAAAUGAAAUCUAUAGCAGAAUGUUUAACUCCUGCAAUGAUGACAAAAAAUUGCAUAAAAAAAUUUAGAGGUCCUUAAAAUUGGGGGUUUCGAAAACUGUCGUUGACUCUGUUGAGUGU